GGGAUCUCCGUCGGGAACGGGCGUUGGUGCAGCAGAAACAAACGCGACAAAGACGGUUAAAGCGACCAAUGGGCUGAAGAAUCGCAUGUUGUGAUAAUGUCUCGGGAAUCGAGAAAGGUUCGUGGGGAGCGGUGGUUGGGGAAAAAGAAUGGCGUAUGUCUGGAGCGGAGUAUGUGGUUGGGGAUGAUGUUGGUGCGGCCAGCGCUAUGGAGUAGAGCCGUUGCCAUUGCGCUUGUUAUAUCCCUUUGGGCUACGAGAAAGGCUGACGGAGAAGAUACUGCGGAAUAAAGCACAGUGCUUGUGAAACACAUAGCUGCACAGCCCGAGAGCUGGGACGAUGGCGGUCCGAGAACCGAUCAGAGAUACUGACGUCGACACUUUAUAAGCAAUGACUCAUAUUUGUCACAAUACCAAUCGAAAUGGCUUCAGAAGUUGCAUUCGUUCGUGGUUGGAUGUGGGAAGUACAGUGCAAGAUCCCAUUUCUCACGCCCCGCAGGUGCCGAACGCCGAUGAUCACGGCGCAGUGAUACAGAGCUUUUCAAGUAUCUGAUGGAUUUCCAUGGUCCCUCAAAC